CUUCUUCUUCUUCCCGCUGCAGCCAAAAAAAAAAAGAGGAACCCAGCCAGCCUUUGAGAAACCGGUGAGAGAGCUUGAUUUUAUCCUUCUUUUCUUGCCCAAGAACCUGAUUUGGAACCCAGAAAUCUCUUCCCCCUGCAGGAGCUUCCGGAUCCGCCUUGCUCUGCUUUGUCCUUCCGCCGGCUGCUCUUGAUUGUGGGUGAUUUCUGGGCAUAUUUUUCGGUAAGAACAGCCCCUAAUUCCUUUGUUCUUGCUUGAAGUGGCUUGGGUUUACUUUAAUUGCUCUUGUUCCUCCAAUUUUUGAGGUAGGCCGUGAGCUUCUUCUCCAAAUUGCCGUCGGCUUCUCUUCCCCCUGCAGCUCCGGUUUUAGCUGGAGAAUUAUGGUUCUUGAUCGUUCUGUCAGUUAGCAUUGAGAUUGAGUGCUCGGUUUUAUGCGAGUGAGGUAAGUAAAUUUAUGGUAAUGCCCAUACUGUUUUUAAAAGCAUGUUUUGAUUUGUUUUUAAAGUGGUGGCGGGACUAAACCCGUUUUACACGAACAUGACUGAUUUGAAGUGAAAUGUUUUAUGCUUUUCACUAAAUUGAGCAUGCCUACUUGAAAUUUAAGUGAUUGUCCUGAUGAUUUGAAAGUGAUUGUGAAUUGUGAUUUUCCUGUUAAUUUCUGCCUGUUUUGUCUCCGAUGUGGUCAUGUUAUUCGUGUGCCCGCUAGUGGGAGGUUUAUAAACGCUAGCACAUGUCGACAUGUUAGUGAUAGAGCCGGUUCGUUCAACCCUGCUUGUGGGGGUUAUACACCAGCAAAUCGUGUGCCCGCCAGUGGGAGACCGAAAACGGUCUGUAUAUAGUUUGAGAAUAACGCCUGUUGGGAGAUGGAACUUUUAAAAGUUACAUGCAAGUCCACAAUAUUCGGACCGAAAACGGUCUGGAUAUAUUUAUAGAAUGACGCCUGUUGGGAGACGGAACUUUUAAAAGUUACAAGCAAGUCCAUAAUAUUCGAACCGAAAAUGGUCUGGAUAUAUUUAUAGAAUGACGCCUGUUGGGAGACGAAACUUUUAAAAGU